CCUAGCGAUUGGUGUAGUGCGACCUUGACCUGUCAAAUCGUGCAUUUGCAGAUAAUAUAAUGGCAGAAGAAAUAACAAACGCUGCUCUUAAAGAGAAGAUCUCUCAGUGGAUGUCAUGGAGUAAAAAUGAGAAAGACAAUGCUGAAAUAGAUGGACUUGUAAAGAGUAGAAAUGAAAAAGAACUUGGAUGUCGUCUACUGCAACGUAUGGAGUUCGGCACAGCAGGGCUAAGAGCAAGGAUGGGAGCUGGUUUCAAUAUGAUGAAUGAUUUAACUGUGAUACAGGCUACCCAGGUAGGUGAUAUUCUGUUAUUUGCUCAAACUGAAGCUCCCAAAAAUUCCUUACAUGCAGUGUCCAUGGGGUUUUUAAUGGUAACAGCAUCACAUAAUCCUAAAGAAGAUAAUGGUUAUAAGGUAUAUUGGUCAAAUGGAGCACAAAUAGUGUCUCCAGUUGAUAAGCAUAUAUCUAAAUGUAUAAAGGAGAAUCUAGAGCCGUGGCUGAACUCGUGGGAUGUUGACUUUACAGAGACAAGUCCUCUCCGAGUUGAUCCUUAUGAUGAUAUACACACAAAAUACCAGGAAGAUGUGAAAAAACUUUGCUAUUACAAGGAAGAGAAUGGUCAGUCAAGUGUAAAGUUUACAUAUACAGCCAUGCACGGAGUAGGGUAUAUUUUCUCGGAUAAGUCUGUGCAACAGUUUGGUUUUCCGCCUCUGAUUCCAGUGCCAGAACAGAUACUUCCGGAUCCUGACUUCCCUACAGUAAAAUACCCAAAUCCUGAAGAAGGAAAAGGGGCCCUGGUGUUAUCUAUGAAAACUGCUGACAAUGCUGGUAGUAAAGUUAUACUUGCAAACGACCCUGAUGCUGAUCGACUAGCUCUAGCGGAAAAUGACGGUGAGGAGUGGACGAUAUUUACAGGGAAUGAGAUAGGAGCUCUGUUAGGAUGGUGGUCCUGGUUUGCUUUCAGACAAAAACAUCCCAAUGUCCCUGCACAAGAUUGUUACAUGUUGGCCAGCACUGUGUCCUCUAAAAUAUUGCAGACAAUGGCUACAAAAGAAGGCUUUAAUUUUGAGGAAACUUUGACUGGUUUUAAGUGGAUGGGUAACCGAAGUGAUUCUUUGUUGAAAGAAGGGAAAACAGUUCUGUUUGCGUUCGAGGAGGCGAUUGGUUACAUGUGUGGAUCUACGGUGUUGGAUAAAGAUGGCGUGUCAGCUGCAGCGGUCAGUGCCGAGAUGGCUGCGUACCUGUACAGAAAUAAUAGUACAUUGAAGAAAAAAAUUACAGACAUUUAUAAGCAUUAUGGACACCAUAUCUCAAGCAAUUCCUACUACAUUUGUCACGAUCCAGAAACUAUUAAAAGAAUGUUUGAUGAGAUUAGAAACUACAACAAUACUGGCAAGUACCCAGACAGCUGCGGAUGUUAUAAAAUCAAGCAUGUUAGAGAUCUUACCGUAGGCUUUGAUAACAGUCAACCAGAUAACAAACCUAUGUUGCCGGUCAGUGCAUCUAGUGAGAUGAUUACCUUCACGUUUGAGAAUGGUUGUGUAGCAACAAUAAGAACCAGCGGUACAGAACCUAAAAUCAAGUACUACACGGAACACAAACCAGAUCCUAGUCACGUACUGGAUCGGGAAGCUGCACAAAAAGAACUGGAUGAUAUGGUGAAUUGUAUUAUCAAAUAUUUCUACAAACCUGGGGACAACAAUCUCACAGCUAGAUCAUCAUAAAGUUAGUCUUGAAUUGUAAUAAAUGAUAUUGUUCUUUAACAUUUUCAAUGCCAGUGUAAAGUAAUGACUUGUAUAAUUGUUCUAUCAGUGUUAAAUCCGGCCAGCCUAAACAUUUGUCGGGGGGGUUGUUUUGUUUUAAAAAACUUUUUAAAAUUGUUAAAGUGAUCAAUUUUAGCUUUGCGGAUUUUUUUGGGGCGGGGGGUCACUUUAGAAGACCUCUAAAUUUACAAUGGAUUUCCAAAUCCAAAAAAGGGACAAGACCAUUAUACAAAUUUAGCAUUGCAAAGGUUAAAGAAGUUCAUAUUCGUGUCAGAAAAGAUGUUUUUUGUCUCUUAUAAAAUAUUUUACAAUGUACAUACAUGUAUAUGUGUAUAGUAAAAACUUAAAAAAAUCUUCUUUUAAAAAGCCCAAUGAGCUAGAGCUUAGAUAAUUAGCAUGAAACAUCUUCUUAUGGGUGUCUACCAAGUUUGUUCAAAUAAAAGCCUUUGGGUCAAAAUUGGCCCCGCCCCAGGGGGUCAUUGAUUUUCCCUAUAUGCACAUAGUAAAAACUUAAAAAAUCUUGUUUUAAAAAGCCCAAUGAGCUAGAGCUUAGAUGUUUAGCAUGAAACAUCUUCUUAUGGGUGUGUGGGGGGGUGGCUAUAUACAGGUGAGCGACCUCAGGGCCAUCAUGGCCCUCUUGUUUUUCUAAAUAGGCAUUACUAAAGAGCAUCUCCACCUAGUCGUUCUUGUGUUGAUUGUUGAAUUUUAACAUACUGAGUUUCAGUUAUCAAUGUGUUUUUCAAUAGAAACAAUUAACUUUGUAUUGUGUGAAGUAACAAUUAUUAUAAAUGUAUCCUGUCGAGUUAAAAUUAUCAAUGUAUCCUGUUGAGUAAAAGAUUAUCAUUUUUAUCUUGUAAAGUAAUUAUUAAUGUAUCCCAUUGAGUAAAAAUUAUAAAUGUAUCCUGUUGAGUUACAAUUACCAUUGUUGAGUAAAAAUUAUCAAUGUAUCCUGUUGAGUAAAAAUUAUCAAUGUAUCCUGUUGAGUAAAAAUUAUCAUUGUAUCCUGUUGAGUUACAAUAACCAUUGUUUGGUAAAAAUCAUCAAUGUAUCUUGUUGAGUAAAAAUUAUCAAUGUAUCCUGUUGAAUUACAAUAACCAUUUUAUCUUGUUAAGAAAAAAUUACCAAUGUAUCCUGUUGCAUAAAAACUAUUAAUGAAUACUGUCAAGUAACAAUAACUCUUUAUGUCAUGUGAUAACCUGCUGUGAAAUUUAUUUUAGGUGCCUGGUUUUCUGUAUAUAUCGGUUACUGUCCUUGCUUACGGUUUGAAAUAUAAAUCACACCCCACUUAUGGAAUGGAACGGUUCAACCUUGACAAGAUGAUAAUUAUGAGCUGCGUCACGACAAAACCAACGUAAUGCGUAAUGCAUCGGCGCAGUCUGAUCAGGAUCCAUACUGUUCGCUUACCAACUCUAUUACAAGUAGAGAUAGCGAACAGCAUGGAUCCUGAUCAGACUGCACAGAUGUGCAGGCUGGUCUGGAUCCAUGCUGGUCGCAAACUCAUUACGUUGGUUUUGUUGUGACACGGCUCAUAUCAACUUCAGGUAUCGGUUAAGUUUACAUUUUAUGCCUACAGUGGCCAUUCCAUCUAUCACAAUUAUUUGGAUGUACUGAUAAUAUUUAUAUAACAUCUUUAAUUUAUCCUGUUAAGUUACAAUAAUGUGUUCUGUCUACUGUAAAAUUUCUUGAUUAACUUAUUUUUCAUGUUGUUGAUGUUUAUGUUUGCAUUUUUGAAUAUCCAAGAAUAGCAUGUGUUAUAUUUCAAGCAUUGUAAUAGAUUAAUUUGAAUGGUUAACAGAAAAGCCAAAUAAUGCUGUUCCAAAUUUUAUGUUGUUUUUUAUAGAGUAUUUAAAUGUGAAGGUGUGUUUUUAUUAUUGUUAUCUUGUUGAUAUUUAAAAUUAUGUAAAUGUAUAUAGUAAAUGUACUUGAAAAAUGAUGUAAAUAUCACAUUUCUAUAAACAGCCAUUCCAUUGGUGUUUUGUAAAUGAGCCGCGUCACGACAAAACCAACAUAGCCGAGCAGACUGAUCAGAAUCCAUGCUGUUUGCUUACCAACCCUAUACCAAGUAGAGAAACUGAUAGCGAACAGCAUGGAUCCUGAUCAGAUGCGCAGGCUGGUCUGGAUCCAUGCUGGUCGCAAACACACUGUUGGUUUUGCCGUGACGCAGCUCAAAUGUUUAUUAUGCAUUCUAAGAUAUACUGUUGAGAUAUUCUGCUAUGCGGGAAAAUUGAAAAUAUCAAUUGACUUUUGUUAUAAGCUGUUGAAUUUUUAAACGUUUUCAUUAGGCAGCUGUGCUACUUGUUAACUUAAUUAUAUAAUGCAAGAUUUUAGAAAAAAAAUUAAGAGAGUUGUUUUGAACACUUUUGAUGUAUAUAUUACUGUUUAAUUUUUUAAAGUUAGAAGGCGAAAUUACUGCUGUUUGAAGUUAUUAUUUCUGAAACGUGUUCACCGCUUACAGACUUAAUCUCUUAGAUCGCAGUGUUCACAAAAAUCUCUUUGGUUGCACUGUUCACAAAAGCCUGUUUUUUGUUGGUUUUGUUUUCAUCUUUGACCCAUGUUGUUGUUGUUGUCAUAAGUUAUAAAAAAUACAUUUUGUGUACAGAUUUUAAAUUGUAAAUUUUUAUAAGAUUAAAGAAUUAUUACAAGUUUCCCUCAGCAUUCUAGUGACAAAUAUCAUAGUCUUCGUUGUUUUAUAUUCUACAUGUUCUUUAUGCACUUUUAUGUUACGUCUUAUUUUAUUGGCUAGAAAAUAAAUCAAGAAAAAGUA